AUGAACAUCUCUGGGACCUUGAACAUCUUCCGGUUGCUGAGAGACCCGACGUUAUGUCUUCCACAACAUACGGCGUCGACGUUCAAUCACCUGCCAAUACCCCUUUCGAAGGCGUUUCCUAAGCGUGACGGCAAAGAUGGAGAGAAAGAGGUUGACAUACAGGCAGUAGUCCUCGACAAGGAUAACUGCUUUGCCAUACCGCAUACUGACGAAGUGCACCAGCCUUAUAAGGACCACUUCCAACGCCUCCGUCAAGCCUACCCCGGCUCAAAGCUCCUCAUCGUAUCCAACACAGCAGGCACAAGCUCAGAUCCAGGUUUCAAGCAAGGUGCAAUUCUAGAGUCUAAUACUGGAGUCAAAGUAUUGCAGCAUUCAACUAAGAAGCCUGGCUGUAAAGAUGAAGUCAUGGCCUACUUCAGAGCACACCCGGACUCAGGCGUCACCAGGCCAGACCAAAUUGCUAUCGUGGGUGAUCGACUGUCAACCGACAUUAUGAUGGCAAACAUGAUGGGCAGCUACGGGUUUUGGAUCAGAGACGGGGCGGUGAGACCGGGUUUUCUCGCAAGGAUGGAAGACAGACUGCAGGCCUUUCUACUACGAAGAGGAUACUCUGCACCGGAUCCAUCACGCAACAACCACUUCGAGUGA